AUGAGAUCAAGGGCGAGCCAGCAGAAUAGGAUCCUGCGAAUCAUUACUAUUCCCGUUCGGGCUCUAUCCAGGGCCCGGGAUUUUUAUGUGAAGAGCUUGACGGAUUACGCUGACAGGAUGAACUACGGCAAUGUUAUAGCGGUUCCGGGAACCUCCCAGGUUUCGACCUUGCCGAAGAGCUUUAGCGUCAGCUCCGCCCGGUCUUACGAGAACGAGGAUCGCGGGGAGCUUGUUAGGGCUUCAUCAGCCCGGAGCACAGGGGAUAAGGCUGCCAUGGACUUGUAUAUCAAGCAGCGAAGGACGAUGACGGCGGGCUCUGGGGGCGGGCCCCGGGGCAUGCCGCCGAGAAGCAGCAGUGUUGCCAUGGGGAGGAUUGAUGAAGACAGGCCUUGUUGCAACUUUGGUGAAGUUAAUGAUAAUAUUGUUAGUGCUAAGAAUGAAUUUAAGUACCCCAGAAGCAGAAGUCAUGCUGUGACAGCAAGAAGAUUAUCAGCCUUUUGA